AUGAGCUCCGAAAUAGACCGUCGAGCUGUCCCGGACGAAGUCACGGCGCUGCUGACGGUCAAGAUCGGCGAAGUAUCGCGCACGUCCCGCAAACACCUGACGAUCAUCACAUUUAGCUUUCUCCUGUCCGAGGGGCUCGACGUGCUCCGGGCCAAAACGGACUCGUGCACGGAAAAGGUGCUGAGCAGUUUCCAGGGCGAGCGCCACGUGCGCCACGACAUGGCGAUGUACAUGCGGCCAGGAGCUCACUCGAAACAGGCGGAGCUGGUUGAGAUCACGCACGACAACUUCCACAGUCGCUUGAACCGAAGCUACAAGAACUACCUCAAGCGCAAGACGCACGCGCCGUUCCAGUGCGAGAUCUACGUGUACGUCAAGAAGCUGGUGCCGUCGAGGCGUCGACGACUUAAGGAGACUGGAGCGGUCGUCGAAAGAGAGGGCCCGGAAGUCAAGCGAAAUCGGUUUACGAUUUCUGAAGAGGGAGACGAAGAGCACCGGACGCUCGAGACGGUGCAGGGGCAACAGGUUCCUGGCGGCUACUAUCGUCCGGUGCGGAUGCUCGUCAACGGAGCUGUUGUGCCAGUGCAAGUGAACGUGCAGGACCUCUUGGCCUGCUUCACAUUGUUCCAGCAGCAAACACUCGUUGGAUCGACCGAUGAAGAUGGUCGUCGCGACUACGAUCGAGGUGGUCACGAAGCUGUUGACGGAGCUGACCCUGAUGGAGACACGUUCGAGUGA